AAGAAGAUACAUAGAAGCUUACACCAUCCAGAACGUAUUUCACACGAUUCCACACAGUCCCUCAGUUCCGGUAUGCAGUGAUCAACUUAUUAGCUGGCGGCCAACCCGUGCCACGCAGCGCUCCAUGACCAGGCAUGGUCAUGCAACACUGGUGCACAUGUGGCACACAAGGGAAGAUUCACAGCAGAAUCAGCACGAUUAUGAAGGCACGACUGCCAAUGCUAUGUAUGAGCUACUGCAACAGCCCACUCCACCCCGAAAACUAAAGCAUUCAUGGUACAUGUCAAGUCUACUACCCUACAAAGUAUGGCCAAAGCAAUCGAUAAAACGCAAUAAGUGUACCAAACCCUCGUUGCACAGAGCCAAUGAAUCCUCCUCGACAAAGAGACAGAAUCAAAUGCAAGCAUGUCGAAACACAAUUAAACAAGAGACGGCGAGAUCCAUGCAAAUUCACAUCUGCGUGAAACACAACACCCUCCCAGCACUCUCCAUGAAAGACCUGUUGCUUUGUGCAGGAAACCAGCCCUCCUUCGGCCCACCAGACAAUAUGCAUCAUGCCACCAUCCUCUGCACUGUCUUAGCUAUACCACUCUCAAACUGCACUGCCACAGUUGGGAGCUGCAAAGACCGUAAAGCACAGGUGUCAUUUGAACCAUUCGCCAUGAACACUGUCACCCACAGGCCCGACGCAAGAGUCCACCCCUCAGCUGCAAUACACCACUCACGGGAAUAACCAUGACAUGCUGUC